AUGUACAACUAUGGAGAUCCGUUUGAAGAAGAGCAAUGGCAGCCGCCACUAUGGGCACCACCUCCCCAAAACUUCGCGCCUUUUGCCGUCGAUGAACUCCCUGCCGUCGAUGAACUGAACAAUCCGGCCGUUCAGCAGCAGCAGCCUUUGCACCACGGCAUUGUGGUCAGUUUGCGCACUCCGGAUACUUGGAACAACUUGAACGCCGUCGGAAAUGAGAUGGAAGUGGCGACGAAUGGCCGAUUGAUGGAUCCAAAGUUGGAGUACGAUCUCGCCGGACUGGAUCCGACCAAGACGUACUCGAUCCACGUGUACUUUGAGCGAAUGAACCGCAACUUCAUGACCUACGAAGAUGGUGUCUGGAACGAGGAAUUUGUUGAUGUGAACGGUGUUGAUCCAAUGAGGAACGUUCCUGAGAGGACCAAUGCCAUUUCGCUGGGAAUAGCGUCCGGUUCGUACUGGUCGUUUCGCGGUAUCCACUCGAAAUACCUCAAGAUUUUCAACCCGCCCAGACGGUGUUUGGGCGCGUCGAGCCAAGUACGCGAACAAGAUGCUGCCCGCAUUUUGAGGAACGAACAAACCAUGGUGAGCUUUGUUUGCGAGAGUUAACUUAAAGGACCAGGGAACCCAAAAAUUUUUUGAUUUUUUUGUGAAAUUUUUUUGUGACUGUUUGAAUUGUCUCUUAUUGCCUCAUACACUGGUGAAAUGCUGCCCCUCAAAAAUGCCAAUGAACGAAACGGCAUGCAGUUGAAGUUGUGGCCGUGGCCUAGCGCCAAUGGCCGAAAAAUAUAUAAAAAUAUAUGCGCUUCUCGGCCAUUUUAUUUUUUCCGCUUUUUUACCGGUUUUUUUCCAAAAAUUCACGGUUUCUCCCAUUUUUCAGUUGAUUGACAUUUGUUCGGCACUUACUUAUUUUUUCACUGCUAAAAAAUUGUUUUCAUUCCGUCGAUACGAAGUGCCAGAUGAGUGGUUUCCGUGGAACAAGGGCGAUUUUAUCGCGAAAAAACCGGAAAAAAGCGGAAAAAAUAAAAUGGCCGAGAAGCGCAUAUUUCUAGGCCAUUGGCGCUAGGCCACGGCCACAACUUCAACUGCACGCCGUUUCGUUCAUUGGCAUUUUUGAGAGGCAGCAUUUCACCAGUGUAUGAGGCAAUAAGAGACAAUUCAAACAGUCACAAAAACAUUUCACAAAAAAAUCAAAAAAUUUUUGGGUUCCCUGGUCCUUUAAAAGUGAGGAGCAUGAAAUGUUUCAGAUAAACGUAAGAACCAUGUGCCGAUACGUUCCGGUCAUCGAGAUCUACGAGUUUGUCGGCGCACACAAUUUCCUUUGCCACACUGCCAUAUUCGACGAGACCAAGUUUGUGGCUGUAUCGAGUUAUAGGGUCAUUUUGCACAUUUGAAAGAAGCAGCACAUCUUAACAGCAUUUUUGCAGAACAAGAAUCUGAAGGAACUGAAAAAGAAUGGCUUCUUCUACAUUUCAGCGAACACAAACGGAACGCGCCCGACACAAAGAAGGAGAAGGUAUCGGAUUCGGCGUCGGGAGCAAGUUCCAUGGAGGAUGUGAUUUGAAUUGUCGUGUACUAUCAUUGGAUUAUUAUCGAUUUAUAUUAUGAUGAUACUUGUAUUGAUUUUGAAGAAAGCGACUCAAUAAACUUUGGAUUGAUUGAAUACUUUGACCUAAUCGUUUUGCAAAGGGAUUCUCACUUUUCAGCAAUUCAUCAAACGUGGCCGGAUUUGACAAUAAUGCGGAAGAGACGGACGGCUGCAAAUUGCUGUAAGGGUGCCGAUUCCGUGCCACUUCCUUGCCACAACCCUGCUACCGUUGCCGCUCAAAAACCUUGCUUCCCUCCCAUCCCACUCUUUUCUGUUGCACGCCCUAUCCAUGCUGAUGCCAUGCCGGAUCCGUGCGUGAUACAUGCUACCGUAGCAACUUGCUGUUCGCUUGCCGCUCGCACGCCCCACCCUUGCCGAAAAUUACCCGAGUGGGGAAGAGAUUGCGGACGACGACGACGACGAGAUCGUCGACGUGGAUUCAUGAACUCGAUCUCGCGUUCCUGACCGUUUUCAGACAGAAUUGGUUUUGAGAAUGAUAAAUCACGUAAAUACAAGCAUUUUGAGCGCUCGAACCGCGAAAACUACCGAAAAGCAACUGAAAUUCACGCAGUUUUAGCCAAAAACCUUCAAACGUAUAAAUGUGAUUUGCGACUUGACCAAAUUUAACGCUCUUGCGCUUAAAAAAUUCGUAACACCCUUUACAAUCGGUCUAUCGAGAGACAAAUGAGAAAUUAUCGAUUUUUCGUGGCUAAUCUGGCAAAAAACACAAAUUUCGCCAAAAUUUUUGUUGCUUUAGUUAUUUUUUCAAAAAAAAUAAAAAACCGGAGAAAAAGGUUCUGCAUUGACGAUUUUUUUGUUCCGACUUCCGUCUUCCGGAUUUCAAAAUUCCAUUUCCGCUCUCAACUCUGCACCUGAUGCCGAUGGGACCGCUCUGUCACCUUUCAGGGUGAAAAAGAACCGUUUCAAAUUAAUCGAACAUCUUAGUCAUUCAUUCAUACGCCAGUUCUAUUAUUAAUCUAACAUAUUAGUUAUGAUUAACGGGCACUGACUGACACCUAUUAUGUACAACCACUAUAUAUACACCGCUAUCUUGUAUGCAGUUUUCGUUUUUUCUUAUUCAAGUAAUUCUACUACAGUUAAUAAAUAUUCGAAGUGAAAAGUACAUUUUUUACUUUUUCCUUAUAUGAUGACCCAGCUGUAAAAGAACCCCUGUUUUGAAAGUGCAAGAUGAGCGGAAAAAUACGAACCCGGAUCGGAUGGACGACGAAGAAAUCAUCUCGGAAGAUGAAAUCAAAAACUCUCCAAAGGACGAGCUGGUUCAUGUCAUUGGAGUGACAACGUACCUCGCGGAAAAAAUCUCGUCAAGGAGAUCGAGAGAUUGGAUACUCUCACCAAAGAAUGCGAUGGUCUCAUUCAGAAGGACUCUUCGGAAGAAGAAGAAGUCAAACGGAAAGAAUACUGCGAAAAGUACGGAGACUUUUCAAAGGUUCGCGAAGAUGGGCAGAAAUUCGUGAUCAAGCUGCAACAACUGCACAACGUUGCAAGAGAGCGAAUUGUCCAGUGA